CGUCACCCGGAAGCGUCCGCAGUCAGGUGACAAAACAGGAAGAGGAACGACGGCUGUGCUCGACAAUGGGUCUAACAUGAACCUGCCGCGGAUUAAUCCUUAAUAACCAAUAAUCAAUAAACAGUGAAACCAUCCGCCAUGUGAAGGCGGAGCAUGGAGGAUGAUGAACUUCCUGUUUGUGUUGUAGGCGGAGCAUGGAGGAUGAUGAACUUCCGGCAGCGGAUGGCGUGGCUGUGUGUGUGUGUGUACCUGCUGCUCAGCGUGCUGCUGGUGUUCCUGCUGUUUGAUGGGCGGAGCUUCAGCCUGGAGCACGUGGCCCCGGCCCGGCCCUCGGCGGCGCCCGGCGGGCCGUCGUGGGCGGGGCACCUGCGAGCCCGCCUCCUCCUGCUGCCCCUGUGGGCGUGGGCGGGGCUCCUCCUGCUGCCCUACCUGCAGGUGUUCCUGUGCCUGUACUCGUGCACGCGGGCGGAGCCCCGCGCCCUCGGGUACUGCCUCCUGCCCGUCUGCCUCGCCCUGCUCUGCAGCCGCCACGCCCCCUGUCGCACGCCGGCCAAUCAGAGCGGCCGGACGCAGCUCAUCGACACCUAGACUCACAGACUGAUCUGAGUCUGUCAGACCUGCCGAACUGCCUGACCUCUGACCUCUGACACCCGGCCUCUCUGUGGCAGAGGCAGGGCGGGGUUAAAAUCAAACUGCCAAUCAGAGGCCUGCAGCUGUGUUGAUCACUGAUCUAUAAUAAAGUAUUGAUUAUAGAUCAGUUUUGUGUCAGGUUGGUGUUUUUUCAAACAUUACAGCGCUCAGCCAAUCAGAUGACAGAAACAGGUGUGACAACUGACCUGAGGUCAGUGGUCUGUAGUUAUCCAGCCUGUCGGGAACAGGAAGUCAGCCAGGAGGCGGAGCUUCUGUCACAACGAACCAAUGAGUCCUGUGACAUCAUCAUGAUGUCAGAUUAUCAAAUUAAAAUAAUUCUAAUCAUCUUGAGUGAAGUCACAUCUGUAAUCCAGAUGUUGUGAGAAACCUGUUGAUUAGUAAAUCAUCCCACUUUCUGCUCACCUGUUUUCACUUCCUGUUGUUUCUUGUUGCUAGGCAACUCAAAGGAUGACUGUUGUACACAAACGGCUUUUCAUUCAGACAGCAGAAUAUAAAACCGAUUUCUGAAUAAAUCAUUAUCAGUGUGUACGUGUGUGUAGAGUGUGUGUGUGCUGUCACAGGAACACUGCUAACAGCCUUUUAUUUCUUCUGCUGAGGCCUCAGAUCUGAUCUCUGAUCAGCUGCCUAUCAUCAAUACUUUUGAUCAGUGAUCGGUGUGAAAAGGGCUCCUGGUGUUCCAUGUUUCUACUGAUGGUGUUUGUGUUGGUGCUGACUUCCUGCCUCACUGUGAUUAAACAUCAACAUGUCCCCUUUUCUCA